AUGGAGCAAAAGACAAUAUUGCUUCUGAAUGUUGUGGCCAUACAAUUCAUUUCGAUUUUCUCCGAUUAUUGGAUUUCGAUCAAAUUUCGGAGUGUAAGAUGUCAUUCUGUUACGUUUUCUGAACUAAACGUUUCCAGAAGUCGCCUCCAAACUGUCAAAUGCACAUUUCCCAUCAAUUGGCCCAUUUGGACUGUGGAAAUGUCUCUUUCACGCUCGUCCACCAACAUUCCAACCUUUUCCGUCAAUGCAACGAUAUUUCGGGUGAGGGUUUCAACAAACAAUUACAAAAAAAAGGAGAAGCUGUGAAAAAUGCAUUAGUUUAUGAUAAAAUAAAUAAUUCAGAAGGAUACCGCCGAAAUUUAUCGAGAAGUGGCUCUUUGUAUUCCGACAACUGUCAUUGGUUUCUCGUCGAUCAAAAGUACCGAAAAAGUGUGAUGCAGUCGAAUUUCGUGCUCGGUCCGGUGGUUUUCUGAAAAAAUCACAUUUUAUUGCAAUUUUCCUUAACGUUGAUGACAUUUUUCAUAUAUCCCACUUUUCCAGAUCUAAUCUCUCUGCUAAUCUCGCUGAUUGCUCCGAUUUACGCGCUCAUCGGCUACUUUUUCUCUAAAACCGCCAAGGGGGUGAUUCGUGCGCUGUCCGUCUCGACGUUCGCCUCUUUCGUGCCGAUUCUCACGACAAUGUUCAUUAUUCACUCGACGAAUACGCAGGAACCGCCCAAAAACGAGUAUCAGGUGUUGUACUACACCGAAUCUGAUUGGAGCCUUCUUUGCGCCGCUAUGGGAUGCUUUUUGAGUGAGUUUCAAUCUCACUGAUCUUUGGCCCACUUGCUAUAAUCCGAUCUGGCACAAACUUUGAAGGCUCUUUGGUCUAGGAUUCAAAUAUAUAUAGUGAUUUUAGGUCGAAAAGAAGUCUGACAUUUUCGCGAAAAUCCGGACUUUUGGGCCUGAUUCGCUGUACCUCGGGACCAGACAUUCCGAUCGAUCUGAAACUUGGACCGAAACAAAUUCAAUCCAAGUCCAGAAGGCCUGCAAAGUUUGGUCCCAAUAGGAGUAUUGCAAAUGGGUCAAACGCCAAGGAAUUUCACAAAAAUCACUCUUUUUCCUGCAGUGGGCCUCACGACGCACAUCUGCAUGGUCGAACACCGUCAUUCUGUGGAGCGACAGCUCAGCCAGAAGCGCAGGCGCCAACUGCACAACGCGCUCAUGUCCUCAUGCCGUCAGGACAUUGCGAUGGCCAUCAGGGCAAGAAUGACUGUGAUUUGA